AUGGUCUCGUUCACUGCUGCCAUUCUCCUCGCCGCCGGCGCUCUUGCCACCCCUCUCGAGCACGAAGCUCGUCAGGCGAGCUGCCCUCCAAUCCAUGUCUUCGGUGCACGGGAGACGACCGCUCCCGCCGGCAUGGGAACUGCAGGCCCUAUUGUCCAAGCCAUCGUCCAGGCCCACCCCGGUGCCACGUCCGAGGCUAUCGACUACCCGGCCUGCGGUGGCCAAGGCCAAUGUGGCGGCAUUCAAUACGGCGACUCUGUCAAGGCUGGCACCGCGGCGGUCGCGAAAGCUGUGAAUGCUUUCAAUGAGAAGUGUCCCGAGACUCAGAUUGUGCUCAUCGGUUACUCUCAGGGAGGUCAAAUCUUCGACAACGCCUUCUGUGGUGGAGGUGACACCCACUCAGGGAUUUCUGAUACCGCGAUACCCAUCUCAGAGGCGGCCCAAAAGAUGGUCAAGGCCGCCAUCUUCUGCGGUGACCCACGACACAUCGCCGGUCUUGCCUACGCUGUCGGCACUUGCCAGGCUUCUGGGUUCGCCCCGCGGCCUAAUGGGUUCGAGUGUCCUUACGAGGACAGGGUCCAGCUGUACUGCGACGCUACCGAUCCAUACUGCUGCAACGGAAACGACGCCAACAGCCACCAACAAUACGGAAACAAGUACCGGGCUCAAAUCAUGGAGUUUGUCAAUGCCAGGCUCACAUAA